UAUUAAUUAACAACUAAUAACCUAAUGAACUAGUAGGCGUGGUUUGUUUCAAUAUGGCGAGUCUUCACAUAACUCGUGUAAAAAGAGAAUUCAGAGAAGUUGUCUCAAGCGAAGAAGCUCAGAAGUCCCAAAUAAAGAUAGAGAUUAUAGAUGAGAGUGACUUAACCAAAUUGAAAGGGACAGUCAUUGGACCCCCAGACACUCCUUUUGAGGGUGGUACUUAUAUUUUAGAUAUUAGAAUUCCUGAUACAUACCCAUUUAAUCCUCCAAAGGUAAAAUUUGUGACAAAGAUUUGGCAUCCAAAUAUUAGCUCUGUGACUGGUGCAAUCUGUUUAGAUAUUCUUAAAGACCAAUGGGCUGCUGCCAUGACUCUUAGGACAGUAUUAUUAUCAAUACAGGCUUUACUUCAGGCAGCUGAGCCUGAUGAUCCACAAGAUGCCGUUGUAGCCAAGCAGUACAAAGGAGAUCCUGAACUUUACAGAAAAACAGCUAAACAUUGGGCACAGACUUAUGCUGGAGCUCCAAAGACUACUGAUGAUGCAGAAAUAUCAGCAAAAAUUGAUACACUACUCCAAAUGGGAAUAACAGAAACCAAAGCGCGGGAAGCACUGUCGACUCAUUCAUGGAAUUUAGAAGCUGCUGUGGACAGCCUUUUCACUUAAAACUCUGCUAGGUGACUGUUAUUAUUAUUA